CUAUCCCCACCCCCCACUUCAGCUCCUGACACCCCCUCCCAUAGGUCAGACCCCUCCAGCUCCAGCUCCAGCUCCAGCUCCAGUUCCAGCUCCAGCUCCAGCUCCAGCCCAAGUGUUGUCACCCUCCAGAGCCAUUCAGUGCCAUGUGUCCCCCGGUGAGCCCGAGGCACACACAGGAGGGCAUGUCCCAGCUACACGCGGCCUGGAUGUACCAGCUGCAGCAUGGUGACCAGCUGAGGCUGUGCUUUGCCUGCUUCCAGGCCGCCUUCCUGGACCUGCAGGACUUGCUGGAGUCAGAGGGCUGGGAGGAUGAAGACUGGGACCCGGAGCCGGGGCCCUCUGAGCUGGGAGUGGCUGAGGAUGGGGACGCAGAACAGCAGGACCCCGAGCAGGAGUCUGUGCCCACUGAGCUGGAGCCACAGGAGGUGGUGCCCCUGGGCCGGGGCCCUGAGGACGCUGACUGGAUGCAGGGCCUGCCCUGGAGACUCUGGGGGUCUGGCUCCUGUGUGCACUGGCCCAGCCCCCCUCUGCCCUGGCAGGGUUUCAUCAGGUCAGACCUGGUUCCGGGGGAGCCCAUGGUGCUGGAGCUGGGUGCCAGCCAGGCCAGGGAUCCCGCAGAGGCCAAGACCUGGCUGCUGGGCCUGCAGUUCUUCUCCCUGCUGGGCUGCUGUGAGGCCAUGUACCUGCGCAAGAUGAGGCCCUGCUGCGCCCUGGCCACCCCAGGCCCGGGCUGGAGGCUGCUGCUGGAGCCCGCGGAGAUGUGUAUCAUGCAGCCCCUAGACGCCCCCCAGGAGCAUGACCUGCAGCACUGGCAGCUCAGCCUCCUGGAGAGCCCCCCUGGGGGCCGCAGUGCAGAGCUGGUGCCUGCUGGCCCGGCCCUGCUCAAGAAGGGCUUCACCAUCCUCUCUUACUCUCCCUGGGCCUGCGAGGAGGCGCAGGAUAGGGACCUGGCAGCUGGGCCAGCGUCCAGCCCGGAAUGGGACCCCAGGAGCCCUGAGUCCUGAGGCAGGGUGCCUAGUGGGCUUGGGAGCACUCUGGCCUGGGGGAGCUGCCUGCUUUCCAGCCCCUUGAAGAGGGCCCUAGCACUGAGGGACAGGGGUUCAAAAGGGUACUGUUGUGUGACUGCCCCAGCAAGGACUGGCAGUGACCCUGUGUGGCUGCAGGGGAGCAUCUGGUGAGCAAGAGGGCCUCUGACCUGUGUGGGAAGAAAGAGGAACCUGUAU